GCUCAAGACGUAUGCCAACUUCCCAGAAGCACCUCAGGAGGAGGCUUCUCUCAGCAAUAGGCUCAAGACGUAUGCCAACUUCCCAGAAGCACCUCAGGAGGAGGCUUCUCUCAGCAAUAGGCUCAAGACGUAUGCCAACUUCCCAGAAGCACCUCAGGAGGAGGCUUCUCUCAGCAAUAGGCUCAAGACGUAUGCCAACUUCCCAGAAGCACCUCAGGAGGAGGCUUCUCUCAGCAAUAGGCUCAAGACGUAUGCCAACUUCCCAGAAGCACCUCAGGAGGAGGCUUCUCUCAGCAAUAGGCUCAAGACGUAUGCCAACUUCCCAGAAGCACCUCAGGAGGAGGCUUCUCUCAGCAAUAGGCUCAAGACGUAUGCCAACUUCCCAGAAGCACCUCAGGAGGAGGCUUCUCUCAGCAAUAGGCUCAAGACGUAUGCCAACUUCCCAGAAGCACCUCAGGAGGAGGCUUCUCUCAGCAAUAGGCUCAAGACGUAUGCCAACUUCCCAGAAGCACCUCAGGAGGAGGCUUCUCUCAGCAAUAGGCUCAAGACGUAUGCCAACUUCCCAGAAGCACCUCAGGAGGAGGCUUCUCUCAGCAAUAGGCUCAAGACGUAUGCCAACUUCCCAGAAGCACCUCAGGAGGAGGCUUCUCUCAGCAAUAGGCUCAAGACGUAUGCCAACUUCCCAGAAGCACCUCAGGAGGAGGCUUCUCUCAGCAAUAGGCUCAAGACGUAUGCCAACUUCCCAGAAGCACCUCAGGAGGAGGCUUCUCUCAGCAAUAGGCUCAAGACGUAUGCCAACUUCCCAGAAGCACCUCAGGAGGAGGCUUCUCUCAGCAAUAGGCUCAAGACGUAUGCCAACUUCCCAGAAGCACCUCAGGAGGAGGCUUCUCUCAGCAAUAGGCUCAAGACGUAUGCCAACUUCCCAGAAGCACCUCAGGAGGAGGCUUCUCUCAGCAAUAGGCUCAAGACGUAUGCCAACUUCCCAGAAGCACCUCAGGAGGAGGCUUCUCUCAGCAAUAGGCUCAAGACGUAUGCCAACUUCCCAGAAGCACCUCAGGAGGAGGCUUCUCUCAGCAAUAGGCUCAAGACGUAUGCCAACUUCCCAGAAGCACCUCAGGAGGAGGCUUCUCUCAGCAAUAGGCUCAAGACGUAUGCCAACUUCCCAGAAGCACCUCAGGAGGAGGCUUCUCUCAGCAAUAGGCUCAAGACGUAUGCCAACUUCCCAGAAGCACCUCAGGAGGAGGCUUCUCUCAGCAAUAGGCUCAAGACGUAUGCCAACUUCCCAGAAGCACCUCAGGAGGAGGCUUCUCUCAGCAAUAGGCUCAAGACGUAUGCCAACUUCCCAGAAGCACCUCAGGAGGAGGCUUCUCUCAGCAAUAGGCUCAAGACGUAUGCCAACUUCCCAGAAGCACCUCAGGAGGAGGCUUCUCUCAGCAAUAGGCUCAAGACGUAUGCCAACUUCCCAGAAGCACCUCAGGAGGAGGCUUCUCUCAGCAAUAGGCUCAAGACGUAUGCCAACUUCCCAGAAGCACCUCAGGAGGAGGCUUCUCUCAGCAAUAGGCUCAAGACGUAUGCCAACUUCCCAGAAGCACCUCAGGAGGAGGCUUCUCUCAGCAAUAGGCUCAAGACGUAUGCCAACUUCCCAGAAGCACCUCAGGAGGAGGCUUCUCUCAGCAAUAGGCUCAAGACGUAUGCCAACUUCCCAGAAGCACCUCAGGAGGAGGCUUCUCUCAGCAAUAGGCUCAAGACGUAUGCCAACUUCCCAGAAGCACCUCAGGAGGAGGCUUCUCUCAGCAAUAGGCUCAAGACGUAUGCCAACUUCCCAGAAGCACCUCAGGAGGAGGCUUCUCUCAGCAAUAGGCUCAAGACGUAUGCCAGCUUCCCAGAAGCACCUCAGGAGGAGGCUUCUCUCAGCAAUAGGCUCAAGACGUAUGCCAACUUCCCAGAAGCACCUCAGGAGGAGGCUUCUCUCAGCAAUAGGCUCAAGACGUAUGCCAACUUCCCAGAAGCACCUCAGGAGGAGGCUUCUCUCAGCAAUAGGCUCAAGACGUAUGCCAACUUCCCAGAAGCACCUCAGGAGGAGGCUUCUCUCAGCAAUAGGCUCAAGACGUAUGCCAACUUCCCAGAAGCACCUCAGGAGGAGGCUUCUCUCAGCAAUAGGCUCAAGACGUCUGCCAACUUCCCAGAAGCACCUCAGGAGGAGGCUUCUCUCAGCAAUAGGCUCAAGACGUAUGCCAACUUCCCAGAAGCACCUCAGGAGGAGGCUUCUCUUAGCAAUAGGCUCAAGACGUAUGCCAACUUCCCAGAAGCACCUCAGGAGGAGGCUUCUCUCAGCAAUAGGCUCAAGACGUAUGCCAACUUCCCAGAAGCACCUCAGGAGGAGGCUUCUCUCAGCAAUAGGCUCAAGACGUAUGCCAACUUCCCAGAAGCACCUCAGGAGGAGGCUUCUCUCAGCAAUAGGCUCAAGACGUAUGCCAACUUCCCAGAAGCACCUCAGGAGGAGGCUUCUCUCAGCAAUAGGCUCAAGACGUCUGCCAACUUCCCAGAAGCACCUCAGGAGGAGGCUUCUCUCAGCAAUAGGCUCAAGACGUAUGCCAACUUCCCAGAAGCACCUCAGGAGGAGGCUUCUCUCAGCAAUAGGCUCAAGACGUAUGCCAACUUCCCAGAAGCACCUCAGGAGGAGGCUUCUCUCAGCAAUAGGCUCAAGACGUAUGCCAACUUCCCAGAAGCACCUCAGGAGGAGGCUUCUCUCAGCAAUAGGCUCAAGACGUAUGCCAACUUCCCAGAAGCACCUCAGGAGGAGGCUUCUCUCAGCAAUAGGCUCAAGACGUAUGCCAACUUCCCAGAAGCACCUCAGGAGGAGGCUUCUCUCAGCAAUAGGCUCAAGACGUAUGCCAACUUCCCAGAAGCACCUCAGGAGGAGGCUUCUCUCAGCAAUAGGCUCAAGACGUAUGCCAACUUCCCAGAAGCACCUCAGGAGGAGGCUUCUCUCAGCAAUAGAUGCGAGCUGAUUCCCUGGCUUAGGCUCAAGACGUAUGCCAACUUCCCAGAAGCACCUCAGGAGGAGGCUUCUCUCAGCAAUAGGCUCAAGACGUAUGCCAACUUCCCAGAAGCACCUCAGGAGGAGGCUUCUCUCAGCAAUAGAUGCGAGCUGAUUCCCUGGCUUAGGCUCAAGACGUAUGCCAACUUCCCAGAAGCACCUCAGGAGGAGGCUUCUCUCAGCAAUAGAUGCGAGCUGAUUCCCUGGCUUAGGCUCAAGACGUAUGCCAACUUCCCAGAAGCACCUCAGGAGGAGGCUUCUCUCAGCAAUAGGCUCAAGACGUAUGCCAACUUCCCAGAAGCACCUCAGGAGGAGGCUUCUCUCAGCAAUAGGCUCAAGACGUAUGCCAACUUCCCAGAAGCACCUCAGGCGGAGGCUUCUCUCAGCAAUAGGCUCAAGACGUAUGCCAACUUCCCAGAAGCACCUCAGGAGGAGGCUUCUCUCAGCAAUAGGCUCAAGACGUAUGCCAACUUCCCAGAAGCACCUCAGGAGGAGGCUUCUCUCAGCAAUAGGCUCAAGACGUAUGCCAACUUCCCAGAAGCACCUCAGGAGGAGGCUUCUCUCAGCAAUAGGCUCAAGACGUAUGCCAACUUCCCAGAAGCACCUCAGGAGGAGGCUUCUCUCAGCAAUAGGCUCAAGACGUAUGCCAACUUCCCAGAAGCACCUCAGGAGGAGGCUUCUCUCAGCAAUAGGCUCAAGACGUAUGCCACCUUCCCAGAAGCACCUCAGGAGGAGGCUUCUCUCAGCAAUAGGCUCAAGACGUAUGCCAACUUCCCAGAAGCACCUCAGGAGGAGGCUUCUCUCAGCAAUAGGCUCAAGACGUAUGCCAACUUCCCAGAAGCACCUCAGGAGGAGGCUUCUCUCAGCAAUAGGCUCAAGACGUAUGCCAACUUCCCAGAAGCACCUCAGGAGGAGGCUUCUCUCAGCAAUAGGCUCAAGACGUAUGCCAACUUCCCAGAAGCACCUCAGGAGGAGGCUUCUCUCAGCAAUAGGCUCAAGACGUAUGCCAACUUCCCAGAAGCACCUCAGGAGGAGGCUUCUCUCAGCAAUAGGCUCAAGACGUAUGCCAACUUCCCAGAAGCACCUCAGGAGGAGGCUUCUCUCAGCAAUAGGCUCAAGACGUAUGCCAACUUCCCAGAAGCACCUCAGGAGGAGGCUUCUCUCAGCAAUAGGCUCAAGACGUAUGCCAACUUCCCAGAAGCACCUCAGGAGGAGGCUUCUCUCAGCAAUAGGCUCAAGACGUAUGCCAACUUCCCAGAAGGACCUCAGGAGGAGGCUUCUCUCAGCAAUAGGCUCAAGACGUAUGCCAACUUCCCAGAAGCACCUCAGGAGGAGGCUUCUCUCAGCAAUAGGCUCAAGACGUAUGCCAACUUCCCAGAAGCACCUCAGGAGGAGGCUUCUCUCAGCAAUAGGCUCAAGACGUAUGCCAACUUCCCAGAAGCACCUCAGGAGGAGGCUUCUCUCAGCAAUAGGCUCAAGACGUAUGCCAACUUCCCAGAAGCACCUCAGGAGGAGGCUUCUCUCAGCAAUAGGCUCAAGACGUAUGCCAACUUCCCAGAAGCACCUCAGGAGGAGGCUUCUCUCAGCAAUAGGCUCAAGACGUAUGCCAACUUCCCAGAAGCACCUCAGGAGGAGGCUUCUCUCAGCAAUAGGCUCAAGACGUAUGCCAACUUCCCAGAAGCACCUCAGGAGGAGGCUUCUCUCAGCAAUAGGCUCAAGACGUAUGCCAACUUCCCAGAAGCACCUCAGGAGGAGGCUUCUCUCAGCAAUAGGCUCAAGACGUAUGCCAACUUCCCAGAAGCACCUCAGGAGGAGGCUUCUCUCAGCAAUAGGCUCAAGACGUAUGCCAACUUCCCAGAAGCACCUCAGGAGGAGGCUUCUCUCAGCAAUAGGCUCAAGACGUAUGCCAACUUCCCAGAAGCACCUCAGGAGGAGGCUUCUCUCAGCAAUAGGCUCAAGACGUAUGCCAACUUCCCAGAAGCACCUCAGGAGGAGGCUUCUCUCAGCAAUAGGCUCAAGACGUAUGCCAACUUCCCAGAAGCACCUCAGGAGGAGGCUUCUCUCAGCAAUAGGCUCAAGACGUAUGCCAACUUCCCAGAAGCACCUCAGGAGGAGGCUUCUCUCAGCAAUAGGCUCAAGACGUAUGCCAACUUCCCAGAAGCACCUCAGGAGGAGGCUUCUCUCAGCAAUAGGCUCAAGACGUAUGCCAACUUCCCAGAAGCACCUCAGGAGGAGGCUUCUCUCAGCAAUAGGCUCAAGACGUAUGCCAACUUCCCAGAAGCACCUCAGGAGGAGGCUUCUCUCAGCAAUAGGCUCAAGACGUAUGCCAACUUCCCAGAAGCACCUCAGGAGGAGGCUUCUCUCAGCAAUAGGCUCAAGACGUAUGCCAACUUCCCAGAAGCACCUCAGGAGGAGGCUUCUCUCAGCAAUAGGCUCAAGACGUAUGCCAACUUCCCAGAAGCACCUCAGGAGGAGGCUUCUCUCAGCAAUAGGCUCAAGACGUAUGCCAACUUCCCAGAAGCACCUCAGGAGGAGGCUUCUCUCAGCAAUAGGCUCAAGACGUAUGCCAACUUCCCAGAAGCACCUCAGGAGGAGGCUUCUCUCAGCAAUAGGCUCAAGACGUAUGCCAACUUCCCAGAAGCACCUCAGGAGGAGGCUUCUCUCAGCAAUAGGCUCAAGUCGUAUGCCAACUUCCCAGAAGCACCUCAGGAGGAGGCUUCUCUCAGCAAUAGGCUCAAGACGUAUGCCAACUUCCCAGAAGCACCUCAGGAGGAGGCUUCUCUCAGCAAUAGGCUCAAGACGUAUGCCAACUUCCCAGAAGCACCUCAGGAGGAGGCUUCUCUCAGCAAUAGGCUCAAGACGUAUGCCAACUUCCCAGAAGCACCUCAGGAGGAGGCUUCUCUCAGCAAUAGGCUCAAGACGUAUGCCAACUUCCCAGAAGCACCUCAGGAGGAGGCUUCUCUCAGCAAAAGGCUCAAGACGUAUGCCAACUUCCCAGAAGCACCUCAGGAGGAGGCUUCUCUCAGCAAUAGGCUCAAGACGUAUGCCAACUUCCCAGAAGCACCUCAGGAGGAGGCUUCUCUCAGCAAUAGGCUCAAGACGUAUGCCAACUUCCCAGAAGCACCUCAGGAGGAGGCUUCUCUCAGCAAUAGGCUCAAGACGUAUGCCAACUUCCCAGAAGCACCUCAGGAGGAGGCUUCUCUCAGCAAUAGGCUCAAGACGUAUGCCAACUUCCCAGAAGCACCUCAGGAGGAGGCUUCUCUCAGCAAAAGGCUCAAGACGUAUGCCAACUUCCCAGAAGCACCUCAGGAGGAGGCUUCUCUCAGCAAUAGGCUCAAGACGUAUGCCAACUUCCCAGAAGCACCUCAGGAGGAGGCUUCUCUCAGCAAUAGGCUCAAGACGUAUGCCAACUUCCCAGAAGCACCUCAGGAGGAGGCUUCUCUCAGCAAUAGGCUCAAGACGUAUGCCAACUUCCCAGAAGCACCUCAGGAGGAGGCUUCUCUCAGCAAUAGGCUCAAGACGUAUGCCAACUUCCCAGAAGCACCUCAGGAGGAGGCUUCUCUCAGCAAUAGGCUCAAGACGUAUGCCAACUUCCCAGAAGCACCUCAGGAGGAGGCUUCUCUCAGCAAUAGGCUCAAGACGUAUGCCAACUUCCCAGAAGCACCUCAGGAGGAGCCUUCUCUCAGCAAUAGGCUCAAGACGUAUGCCAACUUCCCAGAAGCACCUCAGGAGGAGGCUUCUCUCAGCAAUAGGCUCAAGACGUAUGCCAACUUCCCAGAAGCACCUCAGGAGGAGGCUUCUCUCAGCAAUAGGCUCAAGACGUAUGCCAACUUCCCAGAAGCACCUCAGGAGGAGGCUUCUCUCAGCAAUAGGCUCAAGACGUAUGCCAACUUCCCAGAAGCACCUCAGGAGGAGGCUUCUCUCAGCAAUAGGCUCAAGACGUAUGCCAACUUCCCAGAAGCACCUCAGGAGGAGGCUUCUCUCAGCAAUAGGCUCAAGACGUAUGCCAACUUCCCAGAAGCACCUCAGGAGGAGGCUUCUCUCAGCAAUAGGCUCAAGACGUAUGCCAACUUCCCAGAAGCACCUCAGGAGGAGGCUUCUCUCAGCAAUAGGCUCAAGACGUAUGCCAACUUCCCAGAAGCACCUCAGGAGGAGGCUUCUCUCAGCAAUAGGCUCAAGACGUAUGCCAACUUCCCAGAAGCACCUCAGGAGGAGGCUUCUCUCAGCAAUAGGCUCAAGACGUAUGCCAACUUCCCAGAAGCACCUCAGGAGGAGGCUUCUCUCAGCAAUAGGCUCAAGACGUAUGCCAACUUCCCAGAAGCACCUCAGGAGGAGGCUUCUCUCAGCAAUAGGCUCAAGACGUAUGCCAACUUCCCAGAAGCACCUCAGGAGGAGGCUUCUCUCAGCAAUAGGCUCAAGACGUAUGCCAACUUCCCAGAAGCACCUCAGGAGGAGGCUUCUCUCAGCAAUAGGCUCAAGACGUAUGCCAACUUCCCAGAAGCACCUCAGGAGGAGGCUUCUCUCAGCAAUAGGCUCAAGACGUAUGCCAACUUCCCAGAAGCACCUCAGGAGGAGGCUUCUCUCAGCAAUAGGCUCAAGACGUAUGCCAACUUCCCAGAAGCACCUCAGGAGGAGGCUUCUCUCAGCAAUAGGCUCAAGACGUAUGCCAACUUCCCAGAAGCACCUCAGGAGGAGGCUUCUCUCAGCAAUAGGCUCAAGACGUAUGCCAACUUCCCAGAAGCACCUCAGGAGGAGGCUUCUCUCAGCAAUAGGCUCAAGACGUAUGCCAACUUCCCAGAAGCACCUCAGGAGGAGGCUUCUCUCAGCAAUAGGCUCAAGACGUAUGCCAACUUCCCAGAAGCACCUCAGGAGGAGGCUUCUCUCAGCAAUAGGCUCAAGACGUAUGCCAACUUCCCAGAAGCACCUCAGGAGGAGGCUUCUCUCAGCAAUAGGCUCAAGACGUAUGCCAACUUCCCAGAAGCACCUCAGGAGGAGGCUUCUCUCAGCAAUAGGCUCAAGACGUAUGCCAACUUCCCAGAAGCACCUCAGGAGGAGGCUUCUCUCAGCAAUAGGCUCAAGACGUAUGCCAACUUCCCAGAAGCACCUCAGGAGGAGGCUUCUCUCAGCAAUAGGCUCAAGACGUAUGCCAACUUCCCAGAAGCACCUCAGGAGGAGGCUUCUCUCAGCAAUAGGCUCAAGACGUAUGCCAACUUCCCAGAAGCACCUCAGGAGGAGGCUUCUCUCAGCAAUAGGCUCAAGACGUAUGCCAACUUCCCAGAAGCACCUCAGGAGGAGGCUUCUCUCAGCAAUAGGCUCAAGACGUAUGCCAACUUCCCAGAAGCACCUCAGGAGGAGGCUUCUCUCAGCAAUAGGCUCAAGACGUAUGCCAACUUCCCAGAAGCACCUCAGGAGGAGGCUUCUCUCAGCAAUAGGCUCAAGACGUAUGCCAACUUCCCAGAAGCACCUCAGGAGGAGGCUUCUCUCAGCAAUAGGCUCAAGACGUAUGCCAACUUCCCAGAAGCACCUCAGGAGGAGGCUUCUCUCAGCAAUAGGCUCAAGACGUAUGCCAACUUCCCAGAAGCACCUCAGGAGGAGGCUUCUCUCAGCAAUAGGCUCAAGACGUAUGCCAACUUCCCAGAAGCACCUCAGGAGGAGGCUUCUCUCAGCAAUAGGCUCAAGACGUAUGCCAACUUCCCAGAAGCACCUCAGGAGGAGGCUUCUCUCAGCAAUAGGCUCAAGACGUAUGCCAACUUCCCAGAAGCACCUCAGGAGGAGGCUUCUCUCAGCAAUAGGCUCAAGACGUAUGCCAACUUCCCAGAAGCACCUCAGGAGGAGGCUUCUCUCAGCAAUAGGCUCAAGACGUAUGCCAACUUCCCAGAAGCACCUCAGGAGGAGGCUUCUCUCAGCAAUAGGCUCAAGACGUAUGCCAACUUCCCAGAAGCACCUCAGGAGGAGGCUUCUCUCAGCAAUAGGCUCAAGACGUAUGCCAACUUCCCAGAAGCACCUCAGGAGGAGGCUUCUCUCAGCAAUAGGCUCAAGACGUAUGCCAACUUCCCAGAAGCACCUCAGGAGGAGGCUUCUCUCAGCAAUAGGCUCAAGACGUAUGUCAACUUCCCAGAAGCACCUCAGGAGGAGGCUUCUCUCAGCAAUAGGCUCAAGACGUAUGCCAACUUCCCAGAAGCACCUCAGGAGGAGGCUUCUCUCAGCAAUAGGCUCAAGACGUAUGCCAACUUCCCAGAAGCACCUCAGGAGGAGGCUUCUCUCAGCAAUAGGCUCAAGACGUAUGCCAACUUCCCAGAAGCACCUCAGGAGGAGGCUUCUCUCAGCAAUAGGCUCAAGACGUAUGCCAACUUCCCAGAAGCACCUCAGGAGGAGGCUUCUCUCAGCAAUAGGCUCAAGACGUAUGCCAACUUCCCAGAAGCACCUCAGGAGGAGGCUUCUCUCAGCAAUAGGCUCAAGACGUAUGCCAACUUCCCAGAAGCACCUCAGGAGGAGGCUUCUCUCAGCAAUAGGCUCAAGACGUAUGCCAACUUCCCAGAAGCACCUCAGGAGGAGGCUUCUCUCAGCAAUAGGCUCAAGACGUAUGCCAACUUCCCAGAAGCACCUCAGGAGGAGGCUUCUCUCAGCAAUAGGCUCAAGACGUAUGCCAACUUCCCAGAAGCACCUCAGGAGGAGGCUUCUCUCAGCAAUAGGCUCAAGACGUAUGCCAACUUCCCAGAAGCACCUCAGGAGGAGGCUUCUCUCAGCAAUAGGCUCAAGACGUAUGCCAACUUCCCAGAAGCACCUCAGGAGGAGGCUUCUCUCAGCAAUAGGCUCAAGACGUAUGCCAACUUCCCAGAAGCACCUCAGGAGGAGGCUUCUCUCAGCAAUAGGCUCAAGACGUAUGCCAACUUCCCAGAAGCACCUCAGGAGGAGGCUUCUCUCAGCAAUAGGCUCAAGACGUAUGCCAACUUCCCAGAAGCACCUCAGGAGGAGGCUUCUCUCAGCAAUAGGCUCAAGACGUAUGCCAACUUCCCAGAAGCACCUCAGGAGGAGGCUUCUCUCAGCAAUAGGCUCAAGACGUAUGCCAACUUCCCAGAAGCACCUCAGGAGGAGGCUUCUCUCAGCAAUAGGCUCAAGACGUAUGCCAACUUCCCAGAAGCACCUCAGGAGGAGGCUUCUCUCAGCAAUAGGCUCAAGACGUAUGCCAACUUCCCAGAAGCACCUCAGGAGGAGGCUUCUCUCAGCAAUAGGCUCAAGACGUAUGCCAACUUCCCAGAAGCACCUCAGGAGGAGGCUUCUCUCAGCAAUAGGCUCAAGACGUAUGCCAACUUCCCAGAAGCACCUCAGGAGGAGGCUUCUCUCAGCAAUAGGCUCAAGACGUAUGCCAACUUCCCAGAAGCACCUCAGGAGGAGGCUUCUCUCAGCAAUAGGCUCAAGACGUAUGCCAACUUCCCAGAAGCACCUCAGGAGGAGGCUUCUCUCAGCAAUAGGCUCAAGACGUAUGCCAACUUCCCAGAAGCACCUCAGGAGGAGGCUUCUCUCAGCAAUAGGCUCAAGACGUAUGCCAACUUCCCAGAAGCACCUCAGGAGGAGGCUUCUCUCAGCAAUAGGCUCAAGACGUAUGCCAACUUCCCAGAAGCACCUCAGGAGGAGGCUUCUCUCAGCAAUAGGCUCAAGACGUAUGCCAACUUCCCAGAAGCACCUCAGGAGGAGGCUUCUCUCAGCAAUAGGCUCAAGACGUAUGCCAACUUCCCAGAAGCACCUCAGGAGGAGGCUUCUCUCAGCAAUAGGCUCAAGACGUAUGCCAACUUCCCAGAAGCACCUCAGGAGGAGGCUUCUCUCAGCAAUAGGCUCAAGACGUAUGCCAACUUCCCAGAAGCACAUCAGGAGGAGGCUUCUCUCAGCAAUAGGCUCAAGACGUAUGCCAACUUCCCAGAAGCACCUCAGGAGGAGGCUUCUCUCAGCAAUAGGCUCAAGACGUAUGCCAACUUCCCAGAAGCACCUCAGGAGGAGGCUUCUCUCAGCAAUAGGCUCAAGACGUAUGCCAACUUCCCAGAAGCACCUCAGGAGGAGGCUUCUCUCAGCAAUAGGCUCAAGACGUAUGCCAACUUCCCAGAAGCACCUCAGGAGGAGGCUUCUCUCAGCAAUAGGCUCAAGACGUAUGCCAACUUCCCAGAAGCACCUCAGGAGGAGGCUUCUCUCAGCAAUAGGCUCAAGACGUAUGCCAACUUCCCAGAAGCACCUCAGGAGGAGGCUUCUCUCAGCAAUAGGCUCAAGACGUAUGCCAACUUCCCAGAAGCACCUCAGGAGGAGGCUUCUCUCAGCAAUAGGCUCAAGACGUAUGCCAACUUCCCAGAAGCACCUCAGGAGGAGGCUUCUCUCAGCAAUAGGCUCAAGACGUAUGCCAACUUCCCAGAAGCACCUCAGGAGGAGGCUUCUCUCAGCAAUAGGCUCAAGACGUAUGCCAACUUCCCAGAAGCACCUCAGGAGGAGGCUUCUCUCAGCAAUAGGCUCAAGACGUAUGCCAACUUCCCAGAAGCACCUCAGGAGGAGGCUUCUCUCAGCAAUAGGCUCAAGACGUAUGCCAACUUCCCAGAAGCACCUCAGGAGGAGGCUUCUCUCAGCAAUAGGCUCAAGACGUAUGCCAACUUCCCAGAAGCACCUCAGGAGGAGGCUUCUCUCAGCAAUAGGCUCAAGACGUAUGCCAACUUCCCAGAAGCACAUCAGGAGGAGGUUUCUCUCAGCAAUAGGCUCAAGACGUAUGCCAACUUCCCAGAAGCACCUCAGGAGGAGGCUUCUCUCAGCAAUAGGCUCAAGACGUAUGCCAACUUCCCAGAAGCACCUCAGGAGGAGGCUUCUCUCAGCAAUAGGCUCAAGACGUAUGCCAACUUCCCAGAAGCACCUCAGGAGGAGGCUUCUCUCAGCAAUAGGCUCAAGACGUAUGCCAACUUCCCAGAAGCACCUCAGGAGGAGGCUUCUCUCAGCAAUAGGCUCAAGACGUAUGCCAACUUCCCAGAAGCACCUCAGGAGGAGGCUUCUCUCAGCAAUAGGCUCAAGACGUAUGCCAACUUCCCAGAAGCACCUCAGGAGGAGGCUUCUCUCAGCAAUAGGCUCAAGACGUAUGCCAACUUCCCAGAAGCACCUCAGGAGGAGGCUUCUCUCAGCAAUAGGCUCAAGACGUAUGCCAACUUCCCAGAAGCACCUCAGGAGGAGGCUUCUCUCAGCAAUAGGCUCAAGACGUAUGCCAACUUCCCAGAAGCACCUCAGGAGGAGGCUUCUCUCAGCAAUAGGCUCAAGACGUAUGCCAACUUCCCAGAAGCACCUCAGGAGGAGGCUUCUCUCAGCAAUAGGCUCAAGACGUAUGCCAACUUCCCAGAAGCACCUCAGGAGGAGGCUUCUCUCAGCAAUAGGCUCAAGACGUAUGCCAACUUCCCAGAAGCACCUCAGGAGGAGGCUUCUCUCAGCAAUAGGCUCAAGACGUAUGCCAACUUCCCAGAAGCACCUCAGGAGGAGGCUUCUCUCAGCAAUAGGCUCAAGACGUAUGCCAACUUCCCAGAAGCACCUCAGGAGGAGGCUUCUCUCAGCAAUAGGCUCAAGACGUAUGCCAACUUCCCAGAAGCACCUCAGGAGGAGGCUUCUCUCAGCAAUAGGCUCAAGACGUAUGCCAACUUCCCAGAAGCACCUCAGGAGGAGGCUUCUCUCAGCAAUAGGCUCAAGACGUAUGCCAACUUCCCAGAAGCACCUCAGGAGGAGGCUUCUCUCAGCAAUAGGCUCAAGACGUAUGCCAACUUCCCAGAAGCACCUCAGGAGGAGGCUUCUCUCAGCAAUAGGCUCAAGACGUAUGCCAACUUCCCAGAAGCACCUCAGGAGGAGGCUUCUCUCAGCAAUAGGCUCAAGACGUAUGCCAACUUCCCAGAAGCACCUCAGGAGGAGGCUUCUCUCAGCAAUAGGCUCAAGACGUAUGCCAACUUCCCAGAAGCACCUCAGGAGGAGGCUUCUCUCAGCAAUAGGCUCAAGACGUAUGCCAACUUCCCAGAAGCACCUCAGGAGGAGGCUUCUCUCAGCAAUAGGCUCAAGACGUAUGCCAACUUCCCAGAAGCACCUCAGGAGGAGGCUUCUCUCAGCAAUAGGCUCAAGACGUAUGCCAACUUCCCAGAAGCACCUCAGGAGGAGGCUUCUCUCAGCAAUAGGCUCAAGACGUAUGCCAACUUCCCAGAAGCACCUCAGGAGGAGGCUUCUCUCAGCAAUAGGCUCAAGACGUAUGCCAACUUCCCAGAAGCACCUCAGGAGGAGGCUUCUCUCAGCAAUAGGCUCAAGACGUAUGCCAACUUCCCAGAAGCACCUCAGGAGGAGGCUUCUCUCAGCAAUAGGCUCAAGACGUAUGCCAACUUCCCAGAAGCACCUCAGGAGGAGGCUUCUCUCAGCAAUAGGCUCAAGACGUAUGCCAACUUCCCAGAAGCACCUCAGGAGGAGGCUUCUCUCAGCAAUAGGCUCAAGACGUAUGCCAACUUCCCAGAAGCACCUCAGGAGGAGGCUUCUCUCAGCAAUAGGCUCAAGACGUAUGCCAACUUCCCAGAAGCACCUCAGGAGGAGGCUUCUCUCAGCAAUAGGCUCAAGACGUAUGCCAACUUCCCAGAAGCACCUCAGGAGGAGGCUUCUCUCAGCAAUAGGCUCAAGACGUAUGCCAACUUCCCAGAAGCACCUCAGGAGGAGGCUUCUCUCAGCAAUAGGCUCAAGACGUAUGCCAACUUCCCAGAAGCACCUCAGGAGGAGGCUUCUCUCAGCAAUAGGCUCAAGACGUAUGCCAACUUCCCAGAAGCACCUCAGGAGGAGGCUUCUCUCAGCAAUAGGCUCAAGACUUAUGCCAACUUCCCAGAAGCACCUCAGGAGGAGGCUUCUCUCAGCAAUAGGCUCAAGACGUAUGCCAACUUCCCAGAAGCACCUCAGGAGGAGGCUUCUCUCAGCAAUAGGCUCAAGACGUAUGCCAACUUCCCAGAAGCACCUCAGGAGGAGGCUUCUCUCAGCAAUAGGCUCAAGACGUAUGCCAACUUCCCAGAAGCACCUCAGGAGGAGGCUUCUCUCAGCAAUAGGCUCAAGACGUAUGCCAACUUCCCAGAAGCACCUCAGGAGGAGGCUUCUCUCAGCAAUAGGCUCAAGACGUAUGCCAACUUCCCAGAAGCACCUCAGGAGGAGGCUUCUCUCAGCAAUAGGCUCAAGACGUAUGCCAACUUCCCAGAAGCACCUCAGGAGGAGGCUUCUCUCAGCAAUAGGCUCAAGACGUAUGCCAACUUCCCAGAAGCACCUCAGGAGGAGGCUUCUCUCAGCAAUAGGCUCAAGACGUAUGCCAACUUCCCAGAAGCACCUCAGGAGGAGGCUUCUCUCAGCAAUAGGCUCAAGACGUAUGCCAACUUCCCAGAAGCACCUCAGGAGGAGGCUUCUCUCAGCAAUAGGCUCAAGACGUAUGCCAACUUCCCAGAAGCACCUCAGGAGGAGGCUUCUCUCAGCAAUAGGCUCAAGACGUAUGCCAACUUCCCAGAAGCACCUCAGGAGGAGGCUUCUCUCAGCAAUAGGCUCAAGACGUAUGCCAACUUCCCAGAAGCACCUCAGGAGGAGGCUUCUCUCAGCAAUAGGCUCAAGACGUAUGCCAACUUCCCAGAAGCACCUCAGGAGGAGGCUUCUCUCAGCAAUAGGCUCAAGACGUAUGCCAACUUCCCAGAAGCACCUCAGGAGGAGGCUUCUCUCAGCAAUAGGCUCAAGACGUAUGCCAACUUCCCAGAAGCACCUCAGGAGGAGGCUUCUCUCAGCAAUAGGCUCAAGACGUAUGCCAACUUCCCAGAAGCACCUCAGGAGGAGGCUUCUCUCAGCAAUAGGCUCAAGACGUAUGCCAACUUCCCAGAAGCACCUCAGGAGGAGGCUUCUCUCAGCAAUAGGCUCAAGACGUAUGCCAACUUCCCAGAAGCACCUCAGGAGGAGGCUUCUCUCAGCAAUAGGCUCAAGACGUAUGCCAACUUCCCAGAAGCACCUCAGGAGGAGGCUUCUCUCAGCAAUAGGCUCAAGACGUAUGCCAACUUCCCAGAAGCACCUCAGGAGGAGGCUUCUCUCAGCAAUAGGCUCAAGACGUAUGUCAACUUCCCAGAAGCACCUCAGGAGGAGGCUUCUCUCAGCAAUAGGCUCAAGACGUAUGCCAACUUCCCAGAAGCACCUCAGGAGGAGGCUUCUCUCAGCAAUAGGCUCAAGACGUAUGCCAACUUCCCAGAAGCACCUCAGGAGGAGGCUUCUCUCAGCAAUAGGCUCAAGACGUAUGCCAACUUCCCAGAAGCACCUCAGGAGGAGGCUUCUCUCAGCAAUAGGCUCAAGACGUAUGCCAACUUCCCAGAAGCACCUCAGGAGGAGGCUUCUCUCAGCAAUAGGCUCAAGACGUAUGCCAACUUCCCAGAAGCACCUCAGGAGGAGGCUUCUCUCAGCAAUAGGCUCAAGACGUAUGCCAACUUCCCAGAAGCACCUCAGGAGGAGGCUUCUCUCAGCAAUAGGCUCAAGACGUAUGCCAACUUCCCAGAAGCACCUCAGGAGGAGGCUUCUCUCAGCAAUAGGCUCAAGACGUAUGCCAACUUCCCAGAAGCACCUCAGGAGGAGGCUUCUCUCAGCAAUAGGCUCAAGACGUAUGCCAACUUCCCAGAAGCACCUCAGGAGGAGGCUUCUCUCAGCAAUAGGCUCAAGACGUAUGCCAACUUCCCAGAAGCACCUCAGGAGGAGGCUUCUCUCAGCAAUAGGCUCAAGACGUAUGCCAACUUCCCAGAAGCACCUCAGGAGGAGGCUUCUCUCAGCAAUAGGCUCAAGACGUAUGCCAACUUCCCAGAAGCACCUCAGGAGGAGGCUUCUCUCAGCAAUAGGCUCAAGACGUAUGCCAACUUCCCAGAAGCACCUCAGGAGGAGGCUUCUCUCAGCAAUAGGCUCAAGACGUAUGCCAACUUCCCAGAAGCACCUCAGGAGGAGGCUUCUCUCAGCAAUAGGCUCAAGACGUAUGCCAACUUCCCAGAAGCACCUCAGGAGGAGGCUUCUCUCAGCAAUAGGCUCAAGACGUAUGCCAACUUCCCAGAAGCACCUCAGGAGGAGGCUUCUCUCAGCAAUAGGCUCAAGACGUAUGCCAACUUCCCAGAAGCACCUCAGGAGGAGGCUUCUCUCAGCAAUAGGCUCAAGACGUAUGCCAACUUCCCAGAAGCACCUCAGGAGGAGGCUUCUCUCAGCAAUAGGCUCAAGACGUAUGCCAACUUCCCAGAAGCACCUCAGGAGGAGGCUUCUCUCAGCAAUAGGCUCAAGACGUAUGCCAACUUCCCAGAAGCACCUCAGGAGGAGGCUUCUCUCAGCAAUAGGCUCAAGACGUAUGCCAACUUCCCAGAAGCACCUCAGGAGGAGGCUUCUCUCAGCAAUAGGCUCAAGACGUAUGCCAACUUCCCAGAAGCACCUCAGGAGGAGGCUUCUCUCAGCAAUAGGCUCAAGACGUAUGCCAACUUCCCAGAAGCACCUCAGGAGGAGGCUUCUCUCAGCAAUAGGCUCAAGACGUAUGCCAACUUCCCAGAAGCACCUCAGGAGGAGGCUUCUCUCAGCAAUAGGCUCAAGACGUAUGCCAACUUCCCAGAAGCACCUCAGGAGGAGGCUUCUCUCAGCAAUAGGCUCAAGACGUAUGCCAACUUCCCAGAAGCACCUCAGGAGGAGGCUUCUCUCAGCAAUAGGCUCAAGACGUAUGCCAACUUCCCAGAAGCACCUCAGGAGGAGGCUUCUCUCAGCAAUAGGCUCAAGACGUAUGCCAACUUCCCAGAAGCACCUCAGGAGGAGGCUUCUCUCAGCAAUAGGCUCAAGACGUAUGCCAACUUCCCAGAAGCACAUCAGGAGGAGGCUUCUCUCAGCAAUAGGCUCAAGACGUAUGCCAACUUCCCAGAAGCACCUCAGGAGGAGGCUUCUCUCAGCAAUAGGCUCAAGACGUAUGCCAACUUCCCAGAAGCACCUCAGGAGGAGGCUUCUCUCAGCAAUAGGCUCAAGACGUAUGCCAACUUCCCAGAAGCACCUCAGGAGGAGGCUUCUCUCAGCAAUAGGCUCAAGACGUAUGCCAACUUCCCAGAAGCACCUCAGGAGGAGGCUUCUCUCAGCAAUAGGCUCAAGACGUAUGCCAACUUCCCAGAAGCACCUCAGGAGGAGGCUUCUCUCAGCAAUAGGCUCAAGACGUAUGCCAACUUCCCAGAAGCACCUCAGGAGGAGGCUUCUCUCAGCAAUAGGCUCAAGACGUAUGCCAACUUCCCAGAAGCACCUCAGGAGGAGGCUUCUCUCAGCAAUAGGCUCAAGACGUAUGCCAACUUCCCAGAAGCACCUCAGGAGGAGGCUUCUCUCAGCAAUAGGCUCAAGACGUAUGCCAACUUCCCAGAAGCACCUCAGGAGGAGGCUUCUCUCAGCAAUAGGCUCAAGACGUAUGCCAACUUCCCAGAAGCACCUCAGGAGGAGGCUUCUCUCAGCAAUAGGCUCAAGACGUAUGCCAACUUCCCAGAAGCACCUCAGGAGGAGGCUUCUCUCAGCAAUAGGCUCAAGACGUAUGCCAACUUCCCAGAAGCACCUCAGGAGGAGGCUUCUCUCAGCAAUAGGCUCAAGACGUAUGCCAACUUCCCAGAAGCACCUCAGGAGGAGGCUUCUCUCAGCAAUAGGCUCAAGACGUAUGCCAACUUCCCAGAAGCACAUCAGGAGGAGGUUUCUCUCAGCAAUAGGCUCAAGACGUAUGCCAACUUCCCAGAAGCACCUCAGGAGGAGGCUUCUCUCAGCAAUAGGCUCAAGACGUAUGCCAACUUCCCAGAAGCACCUCAGGAGGAGGCUUCUCUCAGCAAUAGGCUCAAGACGUAUGCCAACUUCCCAGAAGCACCUCAGGAGGAGGCUUCUCUCAGCAAUAGGCUCAAGACGUAUGCCAACUUCCCAGAAGCACCUCAGGAGGAGGCUUCUCUCAGCAAUAGGCUCAAGACGUAUGCCAACUUCCCAGAAGCACCUCAGGAGGAGGCUUCUCUCAGCAAUAGGCUCAAGACGUAUGCCAACUUCCCAGAAGCACCUCAGGAGGAGGCUUCUCUCAGCAAUAGGCUCAAGACGUAUGCCAACUUCCCAGAAGCACCUCAGGAGGAGGCUUCUCUCAGCAAUAGGCUCAAGACGUAUGCCAACUUCCCAGAAGCACCUCAGGAGGAGGCUUCUCUCAGCAAUAGGCUCAAGACGUAUGCCAACUUCCCAGAAGCACCUCAGGAGGAGGCUUCUCUCAGCAAUAGGCUCAAGACGUAUGCCAACUUCCCAGAAGCACCUCAGGAGGAGGCUUCUCUCAGCAAUAGGCUCAAGACGUAUGCCAACUUCCCAGAAGCACCUCAGGAGGAGGCUUCUCUCAGCAAUAGGCUCAAGACGUAUGCCAACUUCCCAGAAGCACCUCAGGAGGAGGCUUCUCUCAGCAAUAGGCUCAAGACGUAUGCCAACUUCCCAGAAGCACCUCAGGAGGAGGCUUCUCUCAGCAAUAGGCUCAAGACGUAUGCCAACUUCCCAGAAGCACCUCAGGAGGAGGCUUCUCUCAGCAAUAGGCUCAAGACGUAUGCCAACUUCCCAGAAGCACCUCAGGAGGAGGCUUCUCUCAGCAAUAGGCUCAAGACGUAUGCCAACUUCCCAGAAGCACCUCAGGAGGAGGCUUCUCUCAGCAAUAGGCUCAAGACGUAUGCCAACUUCCCAGAAGCACCUCAGGAGGAGGCUUCUCUCAGCAAUAGGCUCAAGACGUAUGCCAACUUCCCAGAAGCACCUCAGGAGGAGGCUUCUCUCAGCAAUAGGCUCAAGACGUAUGCCAACUUCCCAGAAGCACCUCAGGAGGAGGCUUCUCUCAGCAAUAGGCUCAAGACGUAUGCCAACUUCCCAGAAGCACCUCAGGAGGAGGCUUCUCUCAGCAAUAGGCUCAAGACGUAUGCCAACUUCCCAGAAGCACCUCAGGAGGAGGCUUCUCUCAGCAAUAGGCUCAAGACGUAUGCCAACUUCCCAGAAGCACCUCAGGAGGAGGCUUCUCUCAGCAAUAGGCUCAAGACGUAUGCCAACUUCCCAGAAGCACCUCAGGAGGAGGCUUCUCUCAGCAAUAGGCUCAAGACGUAUGCCAACUUCCCAGAAGCACCUCAGGAGGAGGCUUCUCUCAGCAAUAGGCUCAAGACGUAUGCCAACUUCCCAGAAGCACCUCAGGAGGAGGCUUCUCUCAGCAAUAGGCUCAAGACGUAUGCCAACUUCCCAGAAGCACCUCAGGAGGAGGCUUCUCUCAGCAAUAGGCUCAAGACGUAUGCCAACUUCCCAGAAGCACCUCAGGAGGAGGCUUCUCUCAGCAAUAGGCUCAAGACGUAUGCCAACUUCCCAGAAGCACCUCAGGAGGAGGCUUCUCUCAGCAAUAGGCUCAAGACGUAUGCCAACUUCCCAGAAGCACCUCAGGAGGAGGCUUCUCUCAGCAAUAGGCUCAAGACGUAUGCCAACUUCCCAGAAGCACCUCAGGAGGAGGCUUCUCUCAGCAAUAGGCUCAAGACGUAUGCCAACUUCCCAGAAGCACCUCAGGAGGAGGCUUCUCUCAGCAAUAGGCUCAAGACGUAUGCCAACUUCCCAGAAGCACCUCAGGAGGAGGCUUCUCUCAGCAAUAGGCUCAAGACGUAUGCCAACUUCCCAGAAGCACCUCAGGAGGAGGCUUCUCUCAGCAAUAGGCUCAAGACGUAUGCCAACUUCCCAGAAGCACCUCAGGAGGAGGCUUCUCUCAGCAAUAGGCUCAAGACGUAUGCCAACUUCCCAGAAGCACCUCAGGAGGAGGCUUCUCUCAGCAAUAGGCUCAAGACUUAUGCCAACUUCCCAGAAGCACCUCAGGAGGAGGCUUCUCUCAGCAAUAGGCUCAAGACGUAUGCCAACUUCCCAGAAGCACCUCAGGAGGAGGCUUCUCUCAGCAAUAGGCUCAAGACGUAUGCCAACUUCCCAGAAGCACCUCAGGAGGAGGCUUCUCUCAGCAAUAGGCUCAAGACGUAUGCCAACUUCCCAGAAGCACCUCAGGAGGAGGCUUCUCUCAGCAAUAGGCUCAAGACGUAUGCCAACUUCCCAGAAGCACCUCAGGAGGAGGCUUCUCUCAGCAAUAGGCUCAAGACGUAUGCCAACUUCCCAGAAGCACCUCAGGAGGAGGCUUCUCUCAGCAAUAGGCUCAAGACGUAUGCCAACUUCCCAGAAGCACCUCAGGAGGAGGCUUCUCUCAGCAAUAGGCUCAAGACGUAUGCCAACUUCCCAGAAGCACCUCAGGAGGAGGCUUCUCUCAGCAAUAGGCUCAAGACGUAUGCCAACUUCCCAGAAGCACCUCAGGAGGAGGCUUCUCUCAGCAAUAGGCUCAAGACGUAUGCCAACUUCCCAGAAGCACCUCAGGAGGAGGCUUCUCUCAGCAAUAGGCUCAAGACGUAUGCCAACUUCCCAGAAGCACCUCAGGAGGAGGCUUCUCUCAGCAAUAGGCUCAAGACGUAUGCCAACUUCCCAGAAGCACCUCAGGAGGAGGCUUCUCUCAGCAAUAGGCUCAAGACGUAUGCCAACUUCCCAGAAGCACCUCAGGAGGAGGCUUCUCUCAGCAAUAGGCUCAAGACGUAUGCCAACUUCCCAGAAGCACCUCAGGAGGAGGCUUCUCUCAGCAAUAGGCUCAAGACGUAUGCCAACUUCCCAGAAGCACCUCAGGAGGAGGCUUCUCUCAGCAAUAGGCUCAAGACGUAUGCCAACUUCCCAGAAGCACCUCAGGAGGAGGCUUCUCUCAGCAAUAGGCUCAAGACGUAUGCCAACUUCCCAGAAGCACCUCAGGAGGAGGCUUCUCUCAGCAAUAGGCUCAAGACGUAUGCCAACUUCCCAGAAGCACCUCAGGAGGAGGCUUCUCUCAGCAAUAGGCUCAAGACGUAUGCCAACUUCCCAGAAGCACCUCAGGAGGAGGCUUCUCUCAGCAAUAGGCUCAAGACCUAUGCCAACUUCCCAGAAGCACCUCAGGAGGAGGCUUCUCUCAGCAAUAGGCUCAAGACGUAUGCCAACUUCCCAGAAGCACCUCAGGAGGAGGCUUCUCUCAGCAAUAGGCUCAAGACGUAUGCCAACUUCCCAGAAGCACCUCAGGAGGAGGCUUCUCUCAGCAAUAGGCUCAAGACGUAUGCCAACUUCCCAGAAGCACCUCAGGAGGAGGCUUCUCUCAGCAAUAGGCUCAAGACGUAUGCCAACUUCCCAGAAGCACCUCAGGAGGAGGCUUCUCUCAGCAAUAGGCUCAAGACGUAUGCCAACUUCCCAGAAGCACCUCAGGAGGAGGCUUCUCUCAGCAAUAGGCUCAAGACGUAUGCCAACUUCCCAGAAGCACCUCAGGAGGAGGCUUCUCUCAGCAAUAGGCUCAAGACGUAUGCCAACUUCCCAGAAGCACCUCAGGAGGAGGCUUCUCUCAGCAAUAGGCUCAAGACGUAUGCCAACUUCCCAGAAGCACCUCAGGAGGAGGCUUCUCUCAGCAAUAGGCUCAAGACGUAUGCCAACUUCCCAGAAGCACCUCAGGAGGAGGCUUCUCUCAGCAAUAGGCUCAAGACGUAUGCCAACUUCCCAGAAGCACCUCAGGAGGAGGCUUCUCUCAGCAAUAGGCUCAAGACGUAUGCCAACUUCCCAGAAGCACCUCAGGAGGAGGCUUCUCUCAGCAAUAGGCUCAAGACGUAUGCCAACUUCCCAGAAGCACCUCAGGAGGAGGCUUCUCUCAGCAAUAGGCUCAAGACGUAUGCCAACUUCCCAGAAGCACCUCAGGAGGAGGCUUCUCUCAGCAAUAGGCUCAAGACGUAUGCCAACUUCCCAGAAGCACCUCAGGAGGAGGCUUCUCUCAGCAAUAGGCUCAAGACGUAUGCCAACUUCCCAGAAGCACCUCAGGAGGAGGCUUCUCUCAGCAAUAGGCUCAAGACGUAUGCCAACUUCCCAGAAGCACCUCAGGAGGAGGCUUCUCUCAGCAAUAGGCUCAAGACGUAUGCCAACUUCCCAGAAGCACCUCAGGAGGAGGCUUCUCUCAGCAAUAGGCUCAAGACGUAUGCCAACUUCCCAGAAGCACCUCAGGAGGAGGCUUCUCUCAGCAAUAGGCUCAAGACGUAUGCCAACUUCCCAGAAGCACCUCAGGAGGAGGCUUCUCUCAGCAAUAGGCUCAAGACGUAUGCCAACUUCCCAGAAGCACCUCAGGAGGAGGCUUCUCUCAGCAAUAGGCUCAAGACGUAUGCCAACUUCCCAGAAGCACCUCAGGAGGAGGCUUCUCUCAGCAAUAGGCUCAAGACGUAUGCCAACUUCCCAGAAGCACCUCAGGAGGAGGCUUCUCUCAGCAAUAGGCUCAAGACGUAUGCCAACUUCCCAGAAGCACCUCAGGAGGAGGCUUCUCUCAGCAAUAGGCUCAAGACGUAUGCCAACUUCCCAGAAGCACCUCAGGAGGAGGCUUCUCUCAGCAAUAGGCUCAAGACGUAUGCCAACUUCCCAGAAGUACCUCAGGAGGAGGCUUCUCUCAGCAAUAGGCUCAAGACGUAUGCCAACUUCCCAGAAGCACCUCAGGAGGAGGCUUCUCUCAGCAAUAGGCUCAAGACGUAUGCCAACUUCCCAGAAGCACCUCAGGAGGAGGCUUCUCUCAGCAAUAGGCUCAAGACGUAUGCCAACUUCCCAGAAGCACCUCAGGAGGAGGCUUCUCUCAGCAAUAGGCUCAAGACGUAUGCCAACUUCCCAGAAGCACCUCAGGAGGAGGCUUCUCUCAGCAAUAGGCUCAAGACGUAUGCCAACUUCCCAGAAGCACCUCAGGAGGAGGCUUCUCUCAGCAAUAGGCUCAAGACGUAUGCCAACUUCCCAGAAGCACCUCAGGAGGAGGCUUCUCUCAGCAAUAGGCUCAAGACGUAUGCCAACUUCCCAGAAGCACCUCAGGAGGAGGCUUCUCUCAGCAAUAGGCUCAAGACGUAUGCCAACUUCCCAGAAGCACCUCAGGAGGAGGCUUCUCUCAGCAAUAGGCUCAAGACGUAUGCCAACUUCCCAGAAGCACCUCAGGAGGAGGCUUCUCUCAGCAAUAGGCUCAAGACGUAUGCCAACUUCCCAGAAGCACCUCAGGAGGAGGCUUCUCUCAGCAAUAGGCUCAAGACGUAUGCCAACUUCCCAGAAGCACCUCAGGAGGAGGCUUCUCUCAGCAAUAGGCUCAAGACGUAUGCCAACUUCCCAGAAGCACCUCAGGAGGAGGCUUCUCUCAGCAAUAGGCUCAAGACGUAUGCCAACUUCCCAGAAGCACCUCAGGAGGAGGCUUCUCUCAGCAAUAGGCUCAAGACGUAUGCCAACUUCCCAGAAGCACCUCAGGAGGAGGCUUCUCUCAGCAAUAGGCUCAAGACGUAUGCCAACUUCCCAGAAGCACCUCAGGAGGAGGCUUCUCUCAGCAAUAGGCUCAAGACGUAUGCCAACUUCCCAGAAGCACCUCAGGAGGAGGCUUCUCUCAGCAAUAGGCUCAAGACGUAUGCCAACUUCCCAGAAGCACCUCAGGAGGAGGCUUCUCUCAGCAAUAGGCUCAAGACGUAUGCCAACUUCCCAGAAGCACCUCAGGAGGAGGCUUCUCUCAGCAAUAGGCUCAAGACGUAUGCCAACUUCCCAGAAGCACCUCAGGAGGAGGCUUCUCUCAGCAAUAGGCUCAAGACGUAUGCCAACUUCCCAGAAGCACCUCAGGAGGAGGCUUCUCUCAGCAAUAGGCUCAAGACGUAUGCCAACUUCCCAGAAGCACCUCAGGAGGAGGCUUCUCUCAGCAAUAGGCUCAAGACGUAUGCCAACUUCCCAGAAGCACCUCAGGAGGAGGCUUCUCUCAGCAAUAGGCUCAAGACGUAUGCCAACUUCCCAGAAGCACCUCAGGAGGAGGCUUCUCUCAGCAAUAGGCUCAAGACGUAUGCCAACUUCCCAGAAGCACCUCAGGAGGAGGCUUCUCUCAGCAAUAGGCUCAAGACCUAUGCCAACUUCCCAGAAGCACCUCACGAGGAGGCUUCUCUCAGCAAUAGAUGCGAGCUGAUUCCCUGGCUUAGGCUCAAGACGUAUGCCAACUUCCCAGAAGCACCUCAGAAGGAGGCUUCUCUCAGCAAUAGGCUCAAGACGUAUGCCAACUUCCCAGAAGCACCUCAGGAGGAGGCUUCUCUCAGCAAUAGGCUCAAGACGUAUGCCAACUUCCCAGAAGCACCUCAGGAGGAGGCUUCUCUCAGCAAUAGGCUCAAGACGUAUGCCAACUUCCCAGAAGCACCUCAGGAGGAGGCUUCUCUCAGCAAUAGGCUCAAGACGUAUGCCAACUUCCCAGAAGCACCUCAGGAGGAGGCUUCUCUCAGCAAUAGGCUCAAGACCUAUGCCAACUUCCCAGAAGCACCUCACGAGGAGGCUUCUCUCAGCAAUAGGCUCAAGACGUAUGCCAACUUCCCAGAAGCACCUCAGAAGGAGGCUUCUCUCAGCAAUAGGCUCAAGACCUAUGCCAACUUCCCAGAAGCACCUCACGAGGAGGCUUCUCUCAGCAAUAGGCUCAAGACGUAUGCCAACUUCCUAGAAGCACCUCAGAAGGAGGCUUCUCUCAGCAAUAGGAUCAAGACAUAUGCCAACUUCCCAGAAGCACCUCAGGAGGAGGCUUCUCUCAGCAAUAGGCUCAAGACGUAUGCCAACUUCCCAGAAGCACCUCAGGAGGAGGCUUCUCUCAGCAAUAGGCUCAAGACGUAUGACAACUUCCCAGAAGCACCUCAGGAGGAGGCUUCUCUCAGCAAUAGGCUCAAGACGUAUGCCAACUUCCCAGAAGCACCUCAGGAGGAGGCUUCUCUCAGCAAUAGGCUCAAGACGUAUGCCAACUUCCCAGAAGCACCUCAGGAGGAGGCUUCUCUCAGCAAUAGGCUCAAGACGUAUGCCAACUUCCCAGAAGCACCUCAGGAGGAGGCUUCUCUCAGCAAUAGGCUCAAGACGUAUGCCAACUUCCCAGAAGCACCUCAGGAGGAGGCUUCUCUCAGCAAUAGGCUCAAGACGUAUGCCAACUUCCCAGAAGCACCUCAGGAGGAGGCUUCUCUCAGCAAUAGGCUCAAGACGUAUGCCAACUUCCCAGAAGCACCUCAGGAGGAGGCUUCUCUCAGCAAUAGGCUCAAGACGUAUGCCAACUUCCCAGAAGCACCUCAGGAGGAGGCUUCUCUCAGCAAUAGGCUCAAGACGUAUGCCAACUUCCCAGAAGCACCUCAUGAGGAGGCUUCUCUCAGCAAUAGGCUCAAGACGUAUGCCAACUUCCCAGAAGCACCUCAGGAGGAGGCUUCUCUCAGCAAUAGGCUCAAGACCUAUGCCAACUUCCCAGAAGCACCUCACGAGGAGGCUUCUCUCAGCAAUAGGCUCAAGACGUAUGCCAACUUCCCAGAAGCACCUCAGGAGGAGGCUUCUCUCAGCAAUAGGCUCAAGACGUAUGCCAACUUCCCAGAAGCACCUCAGGAGGAGGCUUCUCUCAGCAAUAGGCUCAAGACGUAUGCCAACUUCCCAGAAGCACCUCAGGAGGAGGCUUCUCUCAGCAAUAGGCUCAAGACGUAUGCCAACUUCCCAGAAGCACCUCAGGAGGAGGCUUCUCUCAGCAAUAGGCUCAAGACGUAUGCCAACUUCCCAGAAGCACCUCAGGAGGAGGCUUCUCUCAGCAAUAGGCUCAAGACGUAUGCCAACUUCCCAGAAGCACCUCAGGAGGAGGCUUCUCUCAGCAAUAGGCUCAAGACGUAUGCCAACUUCCCAGAAGCACCUCACGAGGAGGCUUCUCUCAGCAAUAGGCUCAAGACGUAUGCCAACUUCCCAGAAGCACCUCAGGAGGAGGCUUCUCUCAGCAAUAGGCUCAAGACGUAUGCCAACUUCCCAGAAGCACCUCAGGAGGAGGCUUCUCUCAGCAAUAGGCUCAAGACGUAUGCCAACUUCCCAGAAGCACCUCAGGAGGAGGCUUCUCUCAGCAAUAGGCUCAAGACGUAUGCCAACUUCCCAGAAGCACCUCAGGAGGAGGCUUCUCUCAGCAAUAGGCUCAAGACGUAUGCCAACUUCCCAGAAGCACCUCACGAGGAGGCUUCUCUCAGCAAUAGGCUCAAGACGUAUGCCAACUUCCCAGAAGCACCUCAGGAGGAGGCUUCUCUCAGCAAUAGGCUCAAGACGUAUGCCAACUUCCCAGAAGCACCUCAGGAGGAGGCUUCUCUCAGCAAUAGGCUCAAGACGUAUGCCAACUUCCCAGAAGCACCUCAGGAGGAGGCUUCUCUCAGCAAUAGGCUCAAGACGUAUGCCAACUUCCCAGAAGCACCUCAGGAGGAGGCUUCUCUCAGCAAUAGGCUCAAGACGUAUGCCAACUUCCCAGAAGCACCUCAGGAGGAGGCUUCUCUCAGCAAUAGGCUCAAGACGUAUGCCAACUUCCCAGAAGCACCUCAGGAGGAGGCUUCUCUCAGCAAUAGGCUCAAGACGUAUGCCAACUUCCCAGAAGCACCUCAGGAGGAGGCUUCUCUCAGCAAUAGGCUCAAGACGUAUGCCAACUUCCCAGAAGCACCUCAGGAGGAGGCUUCUCUCAGCAAUAGGCUCAAGACGUAUGCCAACUUCCCAGAAGCACCUCAGGAGGAGGCUUCUCUCAGCAAUAGGCUCAAGACGUAUGCCAACUUCCCAGAAGCACCUCAGGAGGAGGCUUCUCUCAGCAAUAGGCUCAAGACGUAUGCCAACUUCCCAGAAGCACCUCAGGAGGAGGCUUCUCUCAGCAAUAGGCUCAAGACGUAUGCCAACUUCCCAGAAGCACCUCAGGAGGAGGCUUCUCUCAGCAAUAGGCUCAAGACGUAUGCCAACUUCCCAGAAGCACCUCAGGAGGAGGCUUCUCUCAGCAAUAGGCUCAAGACGUAUGCCAACUUCCCAGAAGCACCUCAGGAGGAGGCUUCUCUCAGCAAUAGGCUCAAGACGUAUGCCAACUUCCCAGAAGCACCUCAGGAGGAGGCUUCUCUCAGCAAUAGGCUCAAGACGUAUGCCAACUUCCCAGAAGCACCUCAGGAGGAGGCUUCUCUCAGCAAUAGGCUCAAGACGUAUGCCAACUUCCCAGAAGCACCUCAGGAGGAGGCUUCUCUCAGCAAUAGGCUCAAGACGUAUGCCAACUUCCCAGAAGCACCUCAGGAGGAGGCUUCUCUCAGCAAUAGGCUCAAGACGUAUGCCAACUUCCCAGAAGCACCUCAGGAGGAGGCUUCUCUCAGCAAUAGGCUCAAGACGUAUGCCAACUUCCCAGAAGCACCUCAGGAGGAGGCUUCUCUCAGCAAUAGGCUCAAGACGUAUGCCAACUUCCCAGAAGCACCUCAGGAGGAGGCUUCUCUCAGCAAUAGGCUCAAGACGUAUGCCAACUUCCCAGAAGCACCUCAGGAGGAGGCUUCUCUCAGCAAUAGGCUCAAGACGUAUGCCAACUUCCCAGAAGCACCUCAGGAGGAGGCUUCUCUCAGCAAUAGGCUCAAGACGUAUGCCAACUUCCCAGAAGCACCUCAGGAGGAGGCUUCUCUCAGCAAUAGGCUCAAGACGUAUGCCAACUUCCCAGAAGCACCUCAGGAGGAGGCUUCUCUCAGCAAUAGGCUCAAGACGUAUGCCAACUUCCCAGAAGCACCUCAGGAGGAGGCUUCUCUCAGCAAUAGGCUCAAGACGUAUGCCAACUUCCCAGAAGCACCUCAGGAGGAGGCUUCUCUCAGCAAUAGGCUCAAGACGUAUGCCAACUUCCCAGAAGCACCUCAGGAGGAGGCUUCUCUCAGCAAUAGGCUCAAGACGUAUGCCAACUUCCCAGAAGCACCUCAGGAGGAGGCUUCUCUCAGCAAUAGGCUCAAGACGUAUGCCAACUUCCCAGAAGCACCUCAGGAGGAGGCUUCUCUCAGCAAUAGGCUCAAGACGUAUGCCAACUUCCCAGAAGCACCUCAGGAGGAGGCUUCUCUCAGCAAUAGGCUCAAGACGUAUGCCAACUUCCCAGAAGCACCUCAGGAGGAGGCUUCUCUCAGCAAUAGGCUCAAGACGUAUGCCAACUUCCCAGAAGCACCUCAGGAGGAGGCUUCUCUCAGCAAUAGGCUCAAGACGUAUGCCAACUUCCCAGAAGCACCUCAGGAGGAGGCUUCUCUCAGCAAUAGGCUCAAGACGUAUGCCAACUUCCCAGAAGCACCUCAGGAGGAGGCUUCUCUCAGCAAUAGGCUCAAGACGUAUGCCAACUUCCCAGAAGCACCUCAGGAGGAGGCUUCUCUCAGCAAUAGGCUCAAGACGUAUGCCAACUUCCCAGAAGCACCUCAGGAGGAGGCUUCUCUCAGCAAUAGGCUCAAGACGUAUGCCAACUUCCCAGAAGCACCUCAGGAGGAGGCUUCUCUCAGCAAUAGGCUCAAGACGUAUGCCAACUUCCCAGAAGCACCUCAGGAGGAGGCUUCUCUCAGCAAUAGGCUCAAGACGUAUGCCAACUUCCCAGAAGCACCUCAGGAGGAGGCUUCUCUCAGCAAUAGGCUCAAGACGUAUGCCAACUUCCCAGAAGCACCUCAGGAGGAGGCUUCUCUCAGCAAUAGGCUCAAGACGUAUGCCAACUUCCCAGAAGCACCUCAGGAGGAGGCUUCUCUCAGCAAUAGGCUCAAGACGUAUGCCAACUUCCCAGAAGCACCUCAGGAGGAGGCUUCUCUCAGCAAUAGGCUCAAGACGUAUGCCAACUUCCCAGAAGCACCUCAGGAGGAGGCUUCUCUCAGCAAUAGGCUCAAGACGUAUGCCAACUUCCCAGAAGCACCUCAGGAGGAGGCUUCUCUCAGCAAUAGGCUCAAGACGUAUGCCAACUUCCCAGAAGCACCUCAGGAGGAGGCUUCUCUCAGCAAUAGGCUCAAGACGUAUGCCAACUUCCCAGAAGCACCUCAGGAGGAGGCUUCUCUCAGCAAUAGGCUCAAGACGUAUGCCAACUUCCCAGAAGCACCUCAGGAGGAGGCUUCUCUCAGCAAUAGGCUCAAGACGUAUGCCAACUUCCCAGAAGCACCUCAGGAGGAGGCUUCUCUCAGCAAUAGGCUCAAGACGUAUGCCAACUUCCCAGAAGCACCUCAGGAGGAGGCUUCUCUCAGCAAUAGGCUCAAGACGUAUGCCAACUUCCCAGAAGCACCUCAGGAGGAGGCUUCUCUCAGCAAUAGGCUCAAGACGUAUGCCAACUUCCCAGAAGCACCUCAGGAGGAGGCUUCUCUCAGCAAUAGGCUCAAGACGUAUGCCAACUUCCCAGAAGCACCUCAGGAGGAGGCUUCUCUCAGCAAUAGGCUCAAGACGUAUGCCAACUUCCCAGAAGCACCUCAGGAGGAGGCUUCUCUCAGCAAUAGGCUCAAGACGUAUGCCAACUUCCCAGAAGCACCUCAGGAGGAGGCUUCUCUCAGCAAUAGGCUCAAGACGUAUGCCAACUUCCCAGAAGCACCUCAGGAGGAGGCUUCUCUCAGCAAUAGGCUCAAGACGUAUGCCAACUUCCCAGAAGCACCUCAGGAGGAGGCUUCUCUCAGCAAUAGGCUCAAGACGUAUGCCAACUUCCCAGAAGCACCUCAGGAGGAGGCUUCUCUCAGCAAUAGGCUCAAGACGUAUGCCAACUUCCCAGAAGCACCUCAGGAGGAGGCUUCUCUCAGCAAUAGGCUCAAGACGUAUGCCAACUUCCCAGAAGCACCUCAGGAGGAGGCUUCUCUCAGCAAUAGGCUCAAGACGUAUGCCAACUUCCCAGAAGCACCUCAGGAGGAGGCUUCUCUCAGCAAUAGGCUCAAGACGUAUGCCAACUUCCCAGAAGCACCUCAGGAGGAGGCUUCUCUCAGCAAUAGGCUCAAGACGUAUGCCAACUUCCCAGAAGCACCUCAGGAGGAGGCUUCUCUCAGCAAUAGGCUCAAGACGUAUGCCAACUUCCCAGAAGCACCUCAGGAGGAGGCUUCUCUCAGCAAUAGGCUCAAGACGUAUGCCAACUUCCCAGAAGCACCUCAGGAGGAGGCUUCUCUCAGCAAUAGGCUCAAGACGUAUGCCAACUUCCCAGAAGCACCUCAGGAGGAGGCUUCUCUCAGCAAUAGGCUCAAGACGUAUGCCAACUUCCCAGAAGCACCUCAGGAGGAGGCUUCUCUCAGCAAUAGGCUCAAGACGUAUGCCAACUUCCCAGAAGCACCUCAGGAGGAGGCUUCUCUCAGCAAUAGGAAUCCCAAAAUCCCUGUGGCUACUGGAAAGGGUCCUUGGGUGCCCUGCCUCACCUCGAGAAGCGUCCCUUUGGCCCUGCCAAGCCUCGAAGAGAUUCCUGAGGUGUCCCUCGUUACUAGACAGGAGUCCUGA